AACCGGAAGUUAUUUUCGAGAGGCUUUCGAGAGAUGGGAGGAUUAUAGAUUUAGAUUGCUAAUCGUUUUGUAGCAGAUAUUUUAUGUUAUGGGUUACCGUUAAUUUGUAAGAAACUGUAUUAAAUGUCACUGCCAUGGCACGAGCGGCUGGAGAUAUUAUUCAUUUAAACGUCGGAGGAAAGAGGUUCAGUACCUCCAAGCAGACUUUGACAUGGGUACCUGACUCCUUUUUCUCAAGCCUUUUGAGUGGCCGGAUAUCCACCUUAAAGGAUGAAACCGGAGCGAUUUUCAUUGAUCGUGAUCCUUCACUUUUUGCUCCUAUUCUAAAUUUUCUGCGCACCAAAGAACUGCAUCCCAGGUCUACAGAUGUAAAUUUACUGAUGCAUGAAGCUGAGUUCUAUGGAAUCACACCAUUAGUACGUAAACUGCAGUUGUGUGAUGAACUAGAUCGCUCAUCAUGUGGCACAGUGCUGUUUAAUGGCUAUCUGCCUCCUCCAGUGUAUCCUGUGAAGCGUAGGAACAGACACAGCGUUGCCGGCUCUCAGUUCAUGACUGGCCGAUCUGUCCCUCUCGAGAGAGCCACAGUCCGGCGCAGCAACACAAUGCCACCCAACCUGGGCAAUUCAGGCAUGCUGGCAAAAGCUGCUACAGAAGAGAAAAUAUCAGGUCCGGGCUCAGAUCCAGGAAUGGUUCGAAUCAUAUGCGGGCAUCACAACUGGAUUGCUGUGGCUUACGCACAGUUUGUAGUUUGUUACAGGGUUAAAGAGUCCACUGGGUGGCAGCAAGUUUUUUCAAGUCCCAAACUAGACUGGAUCAUCGAUCGAGUUGCACUCAAUGCUAAAGUCAUGGGCGGAUCACUAGCAGACAAUGACAAGAUGGUCGCGGUGGCAUCUGGAACAGAGAUCAUAUUGUGGACUGUCUGUCCCGAUGGAAACGGAAACGAGAUUGGUGUCUUUAGCUUAAGUGUGCCCGUUGAGGCUCUGUUCUUCGUGGGGAAUCAGCUCAUUGCUACGAGCCACACAGGGAAAGUGGGUGUGUGGAAUGCUGUAACAAAACACUGGCAGAAUCAGGAUGUGGUUCCCAUAAACAGUUAUGACACAGCAGGGUCCUUCCUCAUCCUCGGCUGUAAUAAUGGAUCCAUCUACUACAUUGAUGUACAGAAGUUUCCAUUAAGGAUGAAGGAUAAUGAUUUGCUGGUGACGGAGUUGUACCGAGAUCCCAGCGAAGAUGCAAUUACAGCACUUAGUGUCUAUCUUACACCUAAAACAAGUGACAGUGGAAACUGGAUUGAGAUUGCCUAUGGCACGAGCUCAGGAGCAGUGCGUGUGAUUGUUCAGCAUCCUGAGACAGUAGGCUCAGGGCCACAGCUUUUUCAGACAUUCAGUGUUCAUCGGAGUCCUGUUACUAAAAUAAUGCUGUCAGAGAAACACCUCAUUUCAGUGUGUGCAGAUAAUAACCAUGUGCGUACCUGGACUGUAACACGGUUCAGAGGAAUGAUUUCCACCCAGCCAGGCUCCACCCCUCUCAGCUCAUUUAAAAUCCUCUCACUGGAUGAUAUCGAUGGACAUGCAGGCUGCAGUGCUGGCACUGAGAUUGGUCCAUAUGGGGAAAGAGAUGAGCAGCAAGUGUUUAUUCAGCGUGUCGUUCCUGACACUGAUAAACUCUAUGUACGAUUGUCUUCCAAUGGCAAAAGGGUGUGUGAGGUGCGCUCUGUGGACGGGACUUCCAUCACAGCUUUUGUGGUUCACGAGUGUGAGGGGUCAAGCCGCAUCGGGUCACGGCCACGCCGCUUCCUGUUCAGUGGACAUGCCAAUGGCAGCAUUCAGAUGUGGGACCUGACAACAGGCAUGGAGAUUGCAGCCAAGGUGGACAUAAAAGCACUAGGAGGCCCUACUGAGGAAGAGCUGUUGGAGUUGUUGGACCAGUGUGACUUGGCACUGACCAGAACACCAGAAAUGAGUCCUGCUACAUCACUCACACAAUCGUCUCGCAACUCUACUUGCAGUCUGCAGUCCCAGUCAAGUGAGAAUGCUCGCGCUGGUGCGCCUGGCAUUCGUGGUGUCAAUCUUCCACGACCUCAGCAAGCAUUUCUAAGAUCGCGUGAUAUUCCUAGUCAUCUUGGCCUCAGCAUGAGCUCUCUGAGCAGCAGCGUAAGUGAGCGAGAGAGAGAGCGACAACAGGACAGAGAGAGAGACCGAGAUGGCAUGUUUGCCCCUCGGAGAGGCAGUUUUGUAGAACGAUGUCAGGAACGAGCCAAAAUCUCAGACAUUGCAGGAACAGAAGCUCGUCUCGGCCUCAGACCACAUUUAUCAUCAUCGGCAUCCAGACGCCCUGCCCCCUCUGUCCCAAGCCAUGCCUCAUCAAGUUUGAGCCCAAUUAGAUCACAGACCCCCACAUCUCCAAGGCGAGGACCCACGUUGCCUGUAGGUGACACCUCACCCCCUGAUGCAAGUUCUAAACAGGAAAGCCCAUCUUCUCCACCACCCACCAGUCCAAAACCACAUAUGAAUGAGACCAGCUUCUAAUUGGCUGGCUUAAAAAACUGACAAGUGGUUGCUGCAACUCAGCCAUGUAUCUGCUAGUCAGGAGAAAUAGUGUAAAUGAAGAAGUUAUUAUCAAGGCUGUAUUUCUUUUUGAUUUUCUUUUCAUUUAUUGAGCUUUUCUUUGCAAAGUAUCUUCCAGGGGGGAAAGAGAGACAGAACAAAAUAAAGAUGACGUUUUGUUUUCAGUCUAUUUACCCAGUAUUCUUGUGUUCCUGAUGCAUACUUCUUAGCAAAUUUAUGUCAGAACUAUGCACUACACAAUAGUAUAACUAAAUAUUGAAUAUGUUAACAGAUGCACAGAAACUUUUCUUGUCCAGACUUCAACCGGUCACAUGCUAAUAUUAAAAUGUUCAUGUUGUCAUAAUUGCCUUAUAUUGUUAUUAUUGCUUUGUGAUUGCACUCCGUGGUGUUUAAAAAGUGAGAUGGGGAAACUAAGGCUCUUGGACCAGGUUGAUUUUAAGUAAGGGCUCUUUUCGGUGAUGCAGAAAUGUUGCCUAUCUAGCAGCCUCCUGGCACAUGCAUAUGUUAUCACUGCUUUUCUUAACAUUUUCUGUUUGUUGUUGUUUUUUUGUCACGGAUGUAGGAUUGUGGUGUUGUUCUAGAUAUUUUAUCACUGCCAUGAAAAUAUUUAAAAUUUGGGCAAUUUUAUAUUUUUCUACUUUCAGGUUCAAAAUUCGGUAAUCCCUUAAAUUCCUGGCUUAUUAUUCUGUAGUUCAUUUUACCAUGCAUUAUACAGUAUACUAGGAAAACUAUAAGGUCUGUCUGGACAUUCAGGCAUGUAUAGGGAAUUUAAGGGGUUAAUAUGUAUUCAAUAUAUGCAUAAGGUAUCCAUACAGUGUGUGUAAAUAUUUAUAUAUUACUCUUGAAGUCAUAACAAAUUCAAAUAAAUAUU